AUGGAGGGGGAGGGGGAGGAGGACGGGGCGGCGGGAGCUGGGGGAGCCGGGGGAGCCGGGGGCGGCGGCCCCGGGGAGCUCUGCCUAAUGGACAAGGCCAUCUGCAGCCUGCUGGAAGUAUCGUUAAGUUCAAAACUUCAUACAAUCAACCUUCACUGCAAUAACAUCUCCAAGAUUGAAGGCCUUUGUCAUCUUUUGAAUUUACGGCAUUUAGAUCUAUCAUCUAAUCAGAUAAGUCAGAUUGAAGGACUCAAUACACUGACAAAUUUAUGUACUUUAAACUUGGCCUGCAAUUUCAUCACAAAAGUGGAAGGCCUUGAAAAGUUAUUGAAUCUAACUAGACUUAAUUUAUCUUAUAAUCAUAUACAUGAUCUUCAAGGCUUUUUAUACCUUCGUGGAACUAGGCAUAAAAUUAGUCACAUCGACCUACAUAGCAAUUAUAUAAGUAGUAUUCAUCACUUACUCCAAUGCAUGGUAGGAUUGCAUUUCUUGACUAAUCUUACUUUGGAGAAAAAUGGAAAAAAUAAUCCAAUCUGUGAUCAACCAGGUUACAGAGGGAUCAUUCUCCAGACCUUGCCCCAGCUAACAGUCCUAGAUGGGAUGAAUAUAUUUGGUGAACCGGUAGAUAUGGUAGAAGGAAAUCCAUCAGAUCUACAAUGUUUAGAAAGUCUUUUGGAUAAUCUAGUUUGUUGUGAUUCUCAGCUAAAUGAAGAAGAGAAUUCUGGUAACUUACCAGGAAUCACACUCGACAUCAAUCAGGAAAUGUCCCAGGAUCAAAAGCCUGCAAGUAUACCAGCAGAUAACAUGUUCCUUCCUUCUGUAGAAGUUGCUUCAUCUUCUGAGCCAGAAAGAAAUAAGCUUGAUGAAAAUAAUUUGAGCAGUGAGAUGAGAAUUAAAAAAUUAGAAGACCAGAUUUCACAGCUCCUUAGUAAUGCAUCUAAUUCUCCCAAAAGUUGUACUUCUUUGAAAGUUGUCAAAUUAAAAAGAGAAACAACUAUGACUUCUGAAAGUGAUUUUGAAAGUGGAAAAGAAAACCAUAAGAAAAUGAAUAGAAGAACAAGAAUCCCUCAUUAUAGCAAAGCUGUACAGACUUCCAAACACCAUAAUAAAAGCACACUUUCUGACAGUGGCACAGAGCAGAGUUGCACCAAGAAAUCAAAAGAUCCCUCCACUAAGAAUUUAUCUUUAAGAUCGUCUUCAAGAAGCUCAGAUUUAAAGGUGGAAAAAUCAACUGGAAAUCUAGAAUCACAAAAUACUCCAACAAAUAAAAUAGAAAAUAAAAGUUUAAGGCCCAUAGAAGAAUCUACAUACAGGACACUUGUGCAGGAACUGGAUGAAGAAAAGGAGAAGAGAUGGAAGGCUGAACAAGCUGAGAAGAAACUUGCAGAUCAUAUCAAAGAAUUACAGAAACAAGUUAAAGAAGAAAAGGAUAUUCAUACUAUGGCCCUGUUUACCACAGAUAGGCUAAAGGAAUUGAUUUUGAAGGAGAGAAAUGCUAAAGCAAAGCUCCAAACCAUUGUCCAGAAAUUUAAGAGUGAAACUGAGAAACUCAGUAAUGAACUAAGUCAAUCAAGAAAUAAAGAAGAGGAGCAAAAUAGAGUUAUAAGAACUUUGGAACAAACAUUGUCAAAAAUGGAAAAACAAAAAGCUCAGCAGCAGGUUGCAGAGAUGAAGCGAGUUCAAGAGGUAGAACUCAAAGCUUCAGCUGCUGAGAGAGAAAUACAGCUGCUUAGAGCAUCCCUUCAUCAACAGAAAGAAAAGGUACAACAACUUCAUGAACUUCUGGCAGUGAAAGAACAGGAACAUAGGAAGGAACUUGAAACAAGAGUGACUUUGAAUGGCUCUGAUUUCCAGGAUGCUUUGGCAAAAGAAAUAGGCAAAGAAGAGAAGAGGCAUGAGGAACGAGUGAAAGAAUUUCAGGAGAGAAUUAAUAUAUUAAACCAGCGGUAUUUAGAACUUGAAGAUGAAUUUCGUAUGGCCUUAACUAUUGAAGCCAAAAGAUUUAAAGAAGUUAAGGAUGGCUUUGAAAAUAUUUCAGCUGAAUUGGCAAAGAAAAAUCAUGCCCUGGCCCGGGCUCAACAAAAAGAAAAUGAAUCAUCUGCUUUAAUUCAAGAUCUGACCUCAAUGGUAAAAGAACAGAAAGCAAGAAUUGCAGAAGUUUCCAAGUCAAAAUUGGAAACAACAACAAAUUUAAAGAAUCGAAUCCAUACCCUUGAAGCCAUGAUUGAGGAGGACAAGCAGAAGAGUGUUCAAAUAGAACUUCUCAAGAAGGAAAAAUCACAGCUUAUUUCUCAACUAACAGCCCAGGAAUCAAUGAUUGAUGGUUUAAGAGCAGAAAGAAAAAUAUGGGGACAGGAGCUGGCACAAAAGGGAGCAUCUCUAGCCCAAGAUUAUGGAAAAUUGGAGGCAAAAAUUGAAGUUUUAACUACAGAGAAUGAAUCUCUUCGGAAGCUAAGUGAACGUGACAGUGAUUCAUUAAAAAUUAAGGUCAAAAUUAUAGAAGACCAAACUGAAACUAUUAGAAAAUUGAAAGAAAACUUACAGGAAAGAGAUGAACAUAUUAGAAAGUUACAAGAGGAAAUCAUUGAAAUGCAAAAAAAUACUCGAGAACAGCUUAAUGAAAAAGCCACACAACUAGAAGAGCUAAUGGAGAAACUGGAGCGGCACUGUGAGAGAAAAGAGGACCUAAAACAGCAGUUGAAGGAAAAGGAAGCAGAACUUGAGGAAAUUGGGAAAGCCUACAGUGCAAUUAAUAAAAAGUGGCAAGAUAAAGGAGAACUACUAAGUGGUCUUGAGGCACAAGUUAAACAAAUGAAAGAAAAAUUUGAAACCAAGGAAAAGAAACUCAUUGAAGAAAGAGACAAAAGUCUUCAAAAUCAAAAGGCUACAAUGGAAAAGCUUCAUUCUAUAGAUGAUAGUUUUAGAAAACAACUUGAAUCAAUGGUUGCAGCCCAUCACGCAGAACUCCUACAGCUGACAACUGAAAAACAAAAUCAGAUUGAUGCUGCAAAUGAAAAGGUUUCCCAGGUUGAAGAUGAGAUGCGUCAACUUCUGCGUGAAACAGCACGAAACAAAAAAAUCAUGGAGGAAAAAAUAAAGCGACUUACUUUUGCUUUAAGUGAUAUUCAGCAAGGAUUUUGAUGGUCCUGAGACUUCAUCAAAUUGAAAUGGUCUUGCAAAUCUAAAUCAUACUUUCAGCAACCAAAUAUUUUAACUGCUGUGCCUUUAAAACCCCUUUCUACACAUUCCAAUAUGAAUAUAUUUUAAAGCCUUUUUUGAUCAAGUAUUUACUAAAUAUAUGUACAGUUUUCUUAAA